GCCCGGACACUCGCUGUGCGCACAGAGAGAGAUUAGCGGAUACUCGCCGAGGACACACGAUGUCGAGGAAAGCUCUCAGGUGCACAGUGCGGCUGGACGUGCAGGCGGUCACAUGCCCUGGGGUGUUCCUGCCCGAAAAGGAUGAUGUCUAUCUGAGUGUAUGCAUAAUGGGAAAAUUCCAUAAAACCAAGUUUCUUCCUUCGAUAUUUCCAUUGAAUUUCAAUGGAAAAAUGAAGUUUGAAAAGAUCUUUCCGGAAGCUAUGAAUCCAGCACAUCUUGCUGACCUUCUGGAACUGGAUACAACAAAGUUUGAAUUGAUACAGCUGACUCCCCCAGCAGGUGAAACGCUAGCUGUCCAUGAGGAGAACACAAGGGACUUUCUUUAUCCGGGGCCGAGACUGACUCCAACCUAUACUGGCUCAGACAGGGAGCUGUUAAUGAAGCGGUCUAUUAAUUUCCCUGGUAUUGCUCCCAGAUUGGAAUUUUCUACAACUUCAAUCAUUAAAGAAUGUCCUCUAAACCAAAUUGAAAUAGAAGAUGAGAAGCAAGAUAUAACCUUAGAAUCACAAGUCUCUCCACUCAGAAAAUCCACUACAGAAAUGUCAAAGAGGAAACCCUUCCUCGCAGGGGGAUGUACCAGCAAGUACAAUAAAGAAAUAAAGUACAAGCAGCCUACAGCAGCAUCGCAGCUACGAUCUCCAUCACCGUACACGAGAAGACGGAUGGCCGAGCUCUCGGAAGAUGCCAAGCAAAGAUUGGGACACCUGAACUUAGGGCCUUUUGAAUUUAAAACAGAAAUUGAUAACAAACCUCCAUUUGUAGUAAGACAUGUAUGUAUAUCCCUGCACCAAAAUCAUAUUGGAGAAUUAAUACUUACUUUAACCCAUUGUCUAGCCUUGGGAAAUUGUUUUCUUCUUUUAUUGGCCAACACAUCAAGCCUUUUCAAUAACCACAGAAAUGAAGACUUCUUUGUCUGGUCAUACUUCUGUGGGAUGUGUAAAAAUCUUCAGUUUAUUUAUCUUUUUCAGGUUAAUCACAAGGUUUCACCAAAAGAUGAUCUACAUGUUUUCUCAUCUUCAUUUUCUUGUAAGCCCAGCGUUCAGAACAGUUGGUCUCCAGGCUCUCGACUAUAUGAUGAUCCUUCACUUCGGGGCAGUUACAGACCCAAGAGGAGUUCACUAAAAGUUAUGAAGCCUCCUCCAGGGAAAGGUCUUCGAGAUGGUUGUUUUGAUGACAGCGAUGAGUACAUCAUGUCACAAACAGCUGGCAGACUCGUUCCUUCCUCUAGGUCUCGAAUGGUCCAUUCUGCACCAUCAUCUAUCCAGAAACAAAGCUCUCUGUUGAACACCUCAUCUCUUCGAGAAAGAUUUUAUUCAGAUCGCUCUACACCAACAAAAUGGGAAGAGAUCCAUCAGCGAGUGAAAAAAAUACUAGAAACACACAGCGCAAGAAAAAGGCUGUCAUUUGCAGAUUUUUCUAUAAAACAUGAUCACCCAGACAGGAGAUCUGCCUUGUAUGAAGAUUCACUGUGUGACAGUGCGGGUUAUUCCAGUCCCAUACUGCAACGAGAGACGUCUGUUCACCUAGGCAAUGGUGACUAUUGGUCAAAUCGUGCUGCUAUGUACAAAGGGAAACCUCACAGGGCAGUCUUUGAAGAUAGCCUGGAAAAAAUCUACAGGAAUCUGUACAGGAAAGCUGCAAGCACCACCUAAACAAUACACAGACCAGCACAUUUCAAACUCUUUCAAUUUUCAAGCCCAAUUUAGGGCUUCUAUUUUCUAACCUGCUUGUGAUGGAUUGAUGUUCACAAAUGGUGGUCAACAAUUUGCUGUCUUUAUUUUAGUAUUUUUCUUAAUCUUCAGCAAUCAUUAAUGUCUAUAGUAAUUGUGUUUCAUUAUACCUGAAGCUUUCUAAGAAUACCAAGAACAUUUGAGACUCUUAGCUGUUUUCAUUGUUGAUUAUCCCAAAGACAUAAAUACAAUUUUGCAAAAAUCUCCGCAUAAUAAGUAGCACAAGAAUUGUAUUUUACAGAGCAGUCAAAAUAGAUUUGGAUAAAUAUGGCGGC